AUGAACAACUCUAAUUUUGUAAGGAAACUUGUCCUUAGCAAGUCGAGUCAGGCCGAGCUCACGCUCGAGUCCUUUUUGUUUACCAGUUGUUGUCUUCACGAGUACGAGCGGCGGGCCGGCUACCCUUUCGUCCCGGGCGUCCUAAGCUCAUUCAACGGGUCGGCCGCAGCCUCCGUGGCCCGGCUGGCCCUUGCCGUGGCCCGGGUUGUUACGGGCCAAUUUGACCCGGCGGGCCACGGGACGUCGAACGUGAGCCUAGCCAUGCUCGGAGGCCGGCUACUCGCGUUGUCGGAAUCCGACCUACCGUAUGAGAUCCGGGUCGAGGAAGAUGGUGACGUGGUGACACUCGGGCAGUUUGACCUCGGAGACCGGGGAUUACGGAGGAUGACGGCCCACCCGAAGGUGGACCGGGCGACGGGUGAGGGUUUUGCGUACUCGUACGACGUGGACCGACCUUUUCUGACGUAUUUCCGAACCGACUCAUUCGGGAGGAAAGGGAAAGGAGUGCCGAUUAACUCGGUCGGGGAUUGCUGCGCGGUGGUGCACGAUUUCGGGUUGACAGAGAGUUACGCGGUGUUUCCCGUGGGGAAGAUGGUGGUGAGGGCAGCGGAGGUCUGGCGGGGGAGGUCUCCGGUGGGGGUGGAUGGCGGGGAGAAGGUGGAGAGGGUGGGGAUAAUAGGGAGGUACGCAGAGGAUGACGUGGGGAUGACAUGGGUGGAGGCGUCGGGGUUGAAUAUGAUGCACUGCGUGAACGCAUGGGAGGAGGAGGAAGGGCGGAGGGUGGUGGUGGUGGGGACGAAUGCGACGGAGGUGGGGAUGUUCGUGGAGGACUUCCGGCGGGCGGGGCUAAGGAUGGAGAGGAUAACGAUUGAUGUUGGCGGAGGGAGGGUGACGGAGAGGGAGGUGCUGUCGCCGGAUAGUAUGGAUUUUGGGGUUAUCAACGCGUCGUAUGCGUCGAGAAAGAACAGAUACGUGUACGCAACCAUAACAGACGAGACAUCGUGGAAAGGCAUAGUGAAACUCGACCUGUCGCUCAACGGCAGCGACUGCACGGUUGCCAGACGUCUAUACGGGCCGGGCUGCAAUGGGGGGGAGACGUUUUUUGUGCCUCGAGAACCGAAUAACCCGUCUGCUGACGAGGAUGACGGUUACCUAAUUACGUACGUACACAACGAGCUCGUUGGAGAGUCAACGUUCUUGGUAAUGGACGCAAAAUCCCCGACACUCGACAUUGUAGCCACCGUUAAACUGCCCCAACGGGUACCUGAUGGCUUCCAUGGCCUCUUUGUGCCCGAGAGUGACCUCAAAAAACUUUGA